GGAGCUGUGAAACUUUGCUUCAGGCAGUUCAUUCCUGCUGACGGGACCUUUUAACAACUCUCCCUUUUAACAAUAAUUUCGCCUUCGACCAAAAUCAAGUGGGAGCGGAGGAAAAGACGCAUCAAACCCACCGCUGCAGGACAUUUUUGGGUACCGUGUGAAAAAUUCGUUUUUAUUGCAAUGCAAAGCUGGAAGAAUCACGUGCGCGCUCGGCUGCAACACAGAGACCAAACAGAGAAACUGCCGUAUGCUGGCGUCUUUACAAGCUUGUCUCAGCUGGAGGAACGGUUUGAAAUUCGCAAGCAAAUUCUGGAUGAUCAGUUUAAGAGUUCGGAGCAAGGUGGAGUUCAAGUUGGGAAAGACACGAGACUCCUUCAACUCCAACUGAGAGAGAGUGAACACCUGGCAGAAAAGCUGUCUCAGACUGUCUCCGACCUGACCGCUGUCCUGUAUCUGAAAGAGGCUGAACUGCAGUACUGGCAGUCACGUGUGUCCCACUACCGUCAAGAGGCUCGCACUCUGGCUAAAGGGAGUAACACCCUUAAGGCGACCCUUUCAGAAUUUGAGUUCACCAUCGAGUGUCAGUCCAAAGAGUUGGCAGUCCUGCGUGCUGAGCAGAAAGGACUAAAUGAGGCAUUGGCGCAGGCUCGUAGAGAGAAAGAUGCACUCAUGCAACGAUGGAUGGCGGAGAAGAGGGAAGAGGCAGACAGGUUAAAUAAGCACAACGACGUAGUGGAACGGUGGCAACGUUUGGCCAAACAGCUGAAGAAGCACCUCCAUAGGGAGAAGAGAAAAGAGUAUGUUCCCAUAGUGACGAGCUCUUGGAGCAGCGAAACAGAGACGCCUACAUCAGUCACUCCGAGGAUCAAUAAUACAACAGAUCCACACCAGGGACACUCAGAUCACUACUGUGUCUCAGCUGUGGCUGGAGUCUAAUAUUCCUCAUGGGAUCCUGGAGCAACAAUUUUCAGUAUGAAGAUGACCUCUCUGUACAUUUCACCAUCCUCCAUUUGUUUGUAGAAACUAAUAUGCCUGUAUGUGGCACCAGGAAGAUGAAAAGGAGCAACCGCUUGCUACUAGAGGUGUUUGGUUUCUUAUCUGUCUUUUUUUAAUUCACCCACAAAUUAAUUUGAAGAUUCCCAUAUUGUGGGGUGUCCACUUGCUCACCUAGUAGAGCAGGUGCCCCACGUACAAAAGCUUUGUCCUUGCUUUGGCCCUUUGCAUGACCAUUUCAUGCUAGAUUUUUUGGUAAUACUUUACUUAAAGGUAUCUACAUA